AUGGGCAGAACUAGUCUGGCUUACUCCAGACGUCUGCAGAUGAGCUGGAUGGGAGUGCAGCAGAGGGCAAGAGGUUUUGGUCCCUUCAGACAAUACCUGGUUAAUUCUAGCUGGGAAGCAGUGAAGGAGCUGUCCAAGAGAGGCCUUGGUGAAAACAUCAAUCUCCAGAUCAUGCAGCUGCCAGUGGUUUACCAAAAAGCAAAGGAGCAGGUCUGCAAGAUAUGGACAACUCUUCAGCCACUGCUURCAGUUCAUGUUGGCCUGGCUUCGUCCGCCACAGCGCUCAUCAUCCUGGAGCAGUGUGGAAAGAACAAAGGCUACCAGGAGAGGGAUGCUUGUGGUUUUCACCCAGAAGGUGCCUGCUGUGUGCUAGAUGGCCCAGAAAAGAUUGAAUCUGCAAUUAAUAUGAAGACUCUCUGGAAAAACAUCUCAGUGGAAGGGAUUGAUAUCAUCCUUUCCCGAGACGCGGGAAGGUACRUCUGUGAUUACACCUACUACACUUCUCUGUAUUAUGGCAGUGGAAGAGCUGCUUUCAUCCAUGUCCCUCCAUUAUCUGAGUCAGUAACAGCAGAAUUUCUAGGAAAAGCAUUACAGACCAUUAUCUUGGCAAUGUUAGAACAGUGUGGGGAACAAAGAGAGAUGGAUCACGUAGGAAAAAAAUGAUCAUUUCUUAGAAUGCCUUAUCUCUUAAAUGAAGCAGAUCUGAAGAUUAUUUAAAACCCACACACAAAGGAUUUUAYAGCCUGUGUUAUUUUCAGUGAUAUUUACUUGCAAAACCCAACCAACCGUUUGCAUCUCUUAGAAAAGGCUUGAGAGAAAGAACCAAAUGAUUGGUGGUUCAUAUUGCUAACAAUAAAGUCGUUCAACUUUCAGAAAGUGUGAAACUGGAUGUAAAACAUUUUAGAUGCUUAAUCCUGRUUCUGUUGGUUAAAAAGACAUGAAUAAAGACUUGCUGACCCCAGAUGGAUGCUCACAGAUCUAAGGACUCAGCACRGGAUGGAUGUAAGAGAGAUCCCCCUCAGCCCCUGUCUGAAUCCAGAGAGUUCAGCCCAUAAAAAUCAGGGGUAUGGRAGAAACAAAAACAACCUUGGGGAUUCUGCUACAUGAAGUUUCUCUCUUAUUGACCUGCUGUAGAUGCUGCUUUCCACAUCAGUAACGGGCUCUGACUCAGAGURACUUCAAAGUACAGAGAAAACUGGAAUCCAGCAGAAUCUAUAAUGCUCUGGUAACUUGGGUUUCAACCCAAAAMCACCACCUUCCCCAGAUUCUCAGUGCCUGUCCCAGAGGAAAACACCACAGCCCUUCCACAGAGCACAGCCCAAAGGCAAUUCCAACAGYUCACCUGUCCCAGGAGAGGCAGUCCUGAAGGACUGAGCUGUGGGAAGGGUUAGGGCACACGAUGUUACCUACAGGACAGGCACCAAAGGAGAUCCCACACUCUAAAACACGGGAUCAGACUUCUCCACACCCCAAAGCUCCGUACAGAA